UGCGGCGGCAUCUGCUUUAAAACCGCCCAGCCCGGCGGAGCCCGCGGCACCCCCUGGCCAGGGCGCGGGAGGCGCGGAGCCGGGCCCGGGGCUGCAGCACGGACCCGCUCCCCGCGGCCGCGGGCACCCGGGCAGGGGCAUGAACUUCCAGCCAUGAGCCGCCCCCCGGGUCCCCGCCGCAGCCCCGCCGCGCUGCCCCUGCACAUCUGAUGCUCGCCCGGCGCCCGCAGCAGCAUGGCCCGCCGGAAGAUCUCCUCGGAGUCCUUCAGCUCGCUGGGCUCGGACUACCUGGAGACCAGCCCGGAGGAGGAGGGCGAAUGCCCCCUGUCCAGGCUCUGCUGGAACGGCAGCCGGAGCCCGCCCGGGCCGCAGGACCCGCUCGCCGCCGCCGCCGCCGCCAGGAGGGCUCCGCGCAGGAGACGGGUCAACCUGGACUCGCUCGGGGAGAGCAUCAGCCGCCUGACGGCUCCCACACCUCAGACCAUACGGCAGACUCUCCAAAGGACACUGCGGUAUUAUGAGCAUCAAGUUAUUGGUUACAGGGAUGCAGAAAAGAACUUUCACAAUAUAUCGAACAGAUGCUCCUAUACAGACUGCUCUGGCAACGAUGAAGCUGAAGAUGUCUCAGGAAUUCUCCAGUGUACAGCUAAUAUACUCGGUCUGAAGUUUGAGGAGAUGCAAGAAAAAUUUGGGGAGGAAUUCUUCAAUAUCUGCUUUGAUGAGAAUGAAAGAGUUCUUCGCGCUGUAGGUGGCACAUUGCAGGACUUCUUCAAUGGCUUUGAUGCUCUGCUGGAGCACAUUAGAACUUCAUUUGGAAGACUGGCCACUCUGGAAUCCCCUUCUUUCAGAUGCAAAGAGCUCCCCGAAGGCAACCUCAUGCUCCACUACUUUCACCCUCAUCAUAUUGUUGGAUUUGCAAUGAUGGGAAUGAUAAAGGCAGCAGCAAAGAAGAUCUACCAUUUGGAAGUGGAUGUGGAACAAGUCACGAAUGAUAAACUGUACUCAGAGGGGUCAAACCCAGGUAAUUGCAGCUGUCUUACUUUUAUUAUCAAAGAACGUGAAAAUGCAAAUAUCACAAAAGCACUUCCACUCGGAUCAUCGCAGUCUCCCUCAGACCUGAGGAUAAGCAUCAGCACCUUCUGCAGAGCUUUCCCCUUCCAUCUGAUGUUUGAUCCAAACAUGCUGGUGCUCCAGCUUGGGGAAGGCCUUAGGAAGCAGCUCAAAUGUGAUACUCACAAAACAUUGAAAUUCCAGGACUGCUUUGAGAUAGUUUCCCCGAAGGUCAGUGCCACAUUUGAACGAGUCCUUCUGAGAUUAUCAACACCGUUUGUGAUUCGGACCAAACUUGAGGCUUCUGGCUCUGAAAAUAAAGAUAAGGUGAUGGAAGUCAAAGGACAAAUGAUCCAUGUGCCUGAGUCAAAUUCUAUUUUGUUUUUGGGUUCCCCUUGCGUGGACAAGCUGGAUGAACUGAUGGGCCGAGGUCUACAUCUUUCUGACAUACCUAUCCACGAUGCUACCCGUGACGUCAUAUUGGUUGGGGAGCAGGCAAAGGCCCAAGAUGGCUUGAAGAAACGAAUGGAUAAACUGAAGGCAACAUUAGAGCGAACACACCAAGCUCUGGAAGAGGAGAAAAAGAAGACAGUGGAUCUUCUUAUUUCUAUUUUCCCAGAAGAGGUGGCUCAACGGUUGUGGCAGGGGCAGCAAGUUCAGGCCAGGAAGUUUGAUGAUGUCACCAUGCUCUUCUCAGACAUCGUUGGCUUCACAGCUGUAUGCGCCCAGUGCACCCCCAUGCAGGUGAUCAGCAUGCUGAAUGAGCUGUACACUCGAUUUGACCAUCAGUGUGGAUUUCUGGAUAUCUAUAAGGUGGAAACAAUAGGUGAUGCAUACUGUGUUGCAGCAGGGCUCCAUAGGAAGAGCCUUAGUCAUGCAAAACCCAUUGCUUUGAUGGCUUUGAAGAUGAUGGAACUUUCAGAAGAGGUACUUACACCAGAUGGAAGACCUAUUAAGAUGAGGAUAGGAAUUCAUUCAGGAUCAGUUCUGGCUGGAGUUGUUGGUGUGAGAAUGCCACGUUAUUGUCUCUUUGGAAACAACGUCACUCUGGCAAGCAAGUUUGAGUCAGGAAGUCAUCCGCGUCGCAUCAAUGUCAGUCCAACCACAUACCAGCUUUUGAAAAAGGAAGAAAACUUUACUUUUAUCCCUCGGUCCCGUGAAGAGCUUCCAGACAACUUUCCAAAGGAAAUCCCUGGGAUCUGUUACUUCCUGGAGGUCACAAGUGGUCAAAAGCAGCCAAAGCCCUCCAUUUCGUCUGCCAGAGUGAGAAAGGUUUCCUACAACAUUGGCACCAUGUUCCUUCGGGAGACAAGCCUAUGAGGCCUGCUGCAGAUCAAAGACUAGUCAAAAAAGCACAAGCCCAGAACUGGGUCAUGAGAGGAAAGUUGGAUAUUCUUUUUAUUUCACUGCCUUGUCCUGGACAAGCAGUAAAAGCUCUAUCUAAUGUCAGGCAAUAAUUAUUUUAAAAGGUGGGUGACUGCUGUCAGUAAACAAACUGGAAAGAGGGAGAAAAAAAUGAAACAAAAUACUUCUAUUUCCAGAGGAAUUAUUGGUUGUAAAUUUCAAUUUGGCCCCUUAAAAAAAAAUCUUUGGGGUUGAUUUUUGUUUUGAACAAAAGUGGGUGAUGGUUGUCUGGGUCAUUUGCACCAGCGAAGCAGAAUUGAGCAUCAGUUCUGAUUAUGCAUUCCUACAUUAAUAUGUCAUUCUCCAAGGUAACAAUGUUUUUUAACUUUCUGAACAAACAUUUCAUACAUAUACUGUAGAGUGCUGUAACCUUCCUGGCAAGAGGAGUAUAUAAUUCAGCACAAUAUUGUAGGGAUUUUACCUAUUUUUAUACAUAUUUCACUUUCUUGACAAUUACAUUCCAUAUACUGUAAAAUGAGUGAACUUUUCAGAAUAAGCUACUGUAUAUUUCAGAUAUUCUCUCUCUCUGUCAAAGCUUAUUAUUAUACAAGUGGCAAGACUUUUGACUUUUUGGCAACAAAAAUAUUAAGGAAAAAAAGAAAAAUACAUUGGUAAGUCUCUUUACAUGGCUUUUAUGGUUUAGAUGAACAUUGUCUUGCAUAUAUACUAUAAAAUGAUGUUCAGAUGUUCAGUAUUUGUCCUACUAGUAACGUGUCCAGUAUCUCCAGAACAAUGCAAACAAAGGCUUAAAGAUCAAUGUCUUGAUGGGUAAAACAAAGUUCUGUUGCAUACCAUGGGCCUCCUCUCAUAUCAUCGAUUUUAUGUAGAAGUCCUUAUGAUGAAUGAUAUAGCCUAUUGAAAGCAGCCUCCAGCAGAUAUGGGAAGCACUUUGGGAGGUAUUUCCAAAGCAGCUCAAUCACAGGAAUACAGGUUCCAUUGACUUUUAAUGGGACUUGUGUUCUUAAAUCGCUUAGGAGCUUUUGAAAAUCACAUCCUUUAUUAGCAACGUUACGCUGGAAGUUUCAUCUGCUGUUGGCUUGGCUGAAAUGUUGCUGCUUUUUCUAGUGCAGAAUAGACUAAAAGACAUAAACAUUUAAAAAACAAAAUGCUUACCUAUAGUAUAAUGCAAAUGACUGUUCAAAAUUUAGAUUAAUCAAGAUCAGUAAAAAAUAAAGGGCCAGAUUCUCAUCUAUUGAAAAUUUAUGCAACUCUGUUGUCUUCAGUGGAGCUAUACCCCAUUUACAUCAGGGGAGGAUCUGGCCCCAAAUGGUCAUGUCUUCAGACAGACUUUAUUUUUUCAGAUUUCACCCUUUCCAUUGGGUUUCCUUUUCAAUUAGCACUAGCUGUAGACCUGCCUCUGCAAGCCUACCCACAGUAGGGUCCUAGUCUGACAGACCAAUGCUGUUCUAUUCUUAGAGAAAACACUUUGUUAGCUAAUGUUUAUACAGUGCUUUUGAAGAUGUAUAGCUCUGAUCGAAAGCCCAUUGAAAUUAAAAUUAAAAUCUCAGUUUUACCAGCAGCUGCUGGGUGCUGAGCAAUUUUCAGAAUCAGACCACUUGUUUUGCCCAAGUAUUGGUGUAAGGCCCUAAUUUGAGCACUUUUUUAAAAAAAAAACUUGGCCCUUGGGUGAAAUUAUCCCUGCACUUUGUGCUAUGGAGAGGAUAAAAGGAGUCGGAAACUCACUCCUUUGACCGACAGCCUGUGGCAAUGAUGGGGGAUCAGUCAGCACAGCCUCGCCUCCAAUCCUAGAAUCUGUUUCAUGACAACUCUGCAUGUUUGGGGAUACUUAGUUUCUGGGAAACGUGGUGGGGUGGGGAAGGGCCAGCUCCAACCCAAAGGGAUUUCCUCAUGUAAGAGAAAUCUGAUCCUGUCACAAGCGUGUCCUGCUACCAUGAGGGAGAGGGGACCUGAGGUUAGCACUGAGAAUAGCUUUAAUGUGAAUGCCCCAAGCAUCCAUCUGCUAGUUUCUCCCAUGGAUCUCAGAGCAUCCCUGGGGCUAGAGGUCUCUAUCUCCUGUCUGCUAUGCAGUGGAGCAAAUGCAGCUCCUCCUCCACCAUCCAAAGGCUGACCUGAUGAAAACUCUUUGGACUUGAGAUUGCAGCAUUUCCAGCCUGACUGCAGACCUCUCCUAGCUUUCUGCAAAAGAAGACAUGUUUUGGCCUGAACCAUUAGUUUACACAUGUACAGUAUGUAAAGUGCAUUUUUCAUGCAGUGAAAACAAGUGGUGUGGACUAAAAUCACAGAUGGUGAAGUGGUCCAAUUUAUCUACCCCACCUCCGUCCCAGCACAGCUGUGGUGUUGCUUCCUAAUUUACCAGUCUGCAAACUAUUAGAACAGCUAGUAAUAUACAUAUAUUGGACAUCUAUAUUUCUAACCUGUGAAAUUUGAGACCUUGCUGACACAUCUUCACUGUGCAAUAGUUUGAUCUGAAGAUAACACCCUCUCCUGUCCCCACUGUUUUCUCUGAUCACCCACCCACCCCUGUCAAUAGCUCAUUUCAUCAUGGUAAUUCUAUGGAAAAGCUUUGUGGGUAGGCAGAUGUGACAGGCAUUCUAAUACCUUUGGAAAAUGGCAUGCAGAAGGUAGGAAUGAUACCCUGAAGAAACCCGUUGCAGGGUGUCCUUCCAAGCAGCUAAUUUAUAGUAGAAGUGAAUUUAUAAUCCUAGAGAUCAGUGUAAAAACUAAAAAUUGUUGUCAGCAUCACCAUGGAGAUAAUGGCAGUGUUUGCAAAUAAAUCUGCUGCUCCCAAAAUCCGAAUGGAUUCACACUACGAAUAUGCAAUCUCUGCAUGUAUAAAGGUGACACAUCCAAAGCAUCAGCAAUGAUGCAAAGUACUGUGUUAUUUGCUUCUGUGUUAUGACAAGUAAAGUUGAUCAAAAGCUGCCUUCCCUAGAGAGUAAUUUCCCUACCGCAGUGUGAGAGAAAAGUGUGGAAAAUUUCUCUGUGUUGUUCAAUUUAUGAUUUGUUCCUGCCGUAAUACUGCUAGCUAGCUUUUAAUUCAUUUUUGUGGAUGGCUCUGUAAAGUCUUAGCCAGGAACUCAGCAGGAUGUUAGUAAGACACCAGACUUUAUCAGUGAAGGUCACUUCUGGUGGAAAAGAAACCUUUCAGUGUGUAGCUUUCAUCUUUCUGGGGAUGUUUUUGCCUAUGGGAGUGGGUCUUUGUUCCCUGGCUGAUUUUGUGAGGGCUAGGUGAUGUAGAGGUAGACUUGUGGGGAGUGCUGAAAAGUGUGCAGAAACCAGAUACAGGUUUUGGGAACCUCCCUUUCACCCAGACAAUAAAGGCUCUUUGUAUGGCCAUGGUCUAGAAAUUGCACAAGAACAUAUUUGCCUAAUUGUAGGCAACAGCAUCUGCUGUUUCGUAGCUUCCAUAAGGAUAAAAUCUGCCUUCUCUGAUGGUGCUGAAUACAGAGGAACCAGUGUUAGUCUUUUGUACAGGACAAAGGGAAGGAUGCAAUGAGCCCAGCCAAGGGCUCAUCAACCUGUGUAUGCCAUAGACUUGUGCUCUCAGGCCCUCCCACUGCUCCAGCAUAGAGGACUUUGUUGUAGAUCCAUUGUCUCCACCCCAAUCAGACGCACUAGUUGACUCCUCUCGUGAGAGGGAACACAACAGCCACAAGGACUACACCAGUUGUGAGGCUGCAGUGUGAACCACAGGUCAAUGUAGCCUAAGAGGAAGGAUUCCUUCCUCCCGCUGAACUUCCCCAGCAUACAUGCUGUUAGUCACAUUGUGGAUAAGGUUCAGGAACUGUCCCAAUGAGCAAGGAAAAAAUAGUGGAAGUGAAGUUAGAGUGAUGGCAAAAGUUAAGUUCCAAGCCUGUGUGGUGACAUCUGCCAUACAAAGCCACAGCUUUGACGUGAGACACUUACUACUAUACCAGGACACUACAAGUGUGGUUGUCCUGCAGGAUCCCAGGGCCUUUGACUUGUGCAAUUCCCGAGAGCCUGCCCACACUAACUAUGUUUGCCGCUCUGGGUUUACUGCUCAUUCCCACAUCUGAUUGCUGAGCUGAAUGUUUGUUUGGAAAGGCAUAUUGAAGACUGGCAACUUGCCUCUACAAACAAAACCCAAAGCUUUUAAAACCUAUAAAACCUUUGAUGGGAAUUGUCUAUUCAGAAGAAGAAAUCCACAAAGUUGACUGGGGAGCAGGUCCUCAUGCAGGACUACCACACUUACUGUGUGCAUGGGACAUGUCAUGAUACUAUAGUACCCAAACAGUGCCACCUCCCAUGACCUGCACAUUUAUAAAUUGUACUUGCAGUUUGUCUGCAUUUUUCAAAAACUUGCGUAAUGUGUUGUCUCCAUUUAACACACACAUACACAUAUGAGAUGAUGCUGCAGGUGUGAUUAGGGUGACAUGCUUCAAUUCCCAAGUUAUUUUAGUCAGCAGACAAUGCAGUAUCAUGCAAUGUCCUGUACACUUGGGACUUGCUACACUCUGCUAACCAUUCUAACUUUGUAGAUUUUUUUUCCUCUGACAGUUCCCCUGGCAUAUUUAAAUGUAUAAAAGCUCUGUUGACUUGCACAUGGAUAUGAAAACAGUGCAAAUUUUCAGUGCAUGUAUCUUCAUGUAUAACUGCUGCUGUGCUCUGAAAUUUUUCAGACUACUCAAGUUGUCACAUUCACUCCAUGCAGCCCUCUGUUAUCCAGCGGAAGCACUGAAACCUGCUAGUGUCUCCCCUCUUCCAAACGAGAUCUAUUACCUGACUUCUGCCGAAUGCUCAAUUUCUGCUGAGAAAAGUUGAAUUCAUGCUCCAAUAUAAUCUCAUCGCUCAGAGCUUUGCGUUGCUGUUGUGAUGCUCUUCUGCAAAGAUUUCAGCUUGAAAUAGCUCAGAGGGAGAAGCAGCAAAUUAGCAGCAAAACACACAAUAUAUUAGGGCUUGUCAAACUUUAGGAACCAAGUGGCCCAUUUUCACAGAGAUGCAUCAGGAGAACACACGCAGCUCAUACAUAACACCAUAACUCAGAUUAAUGCUCGCACUGGAUCACUUAUCCCAUGCUCCCAUUGGGAUCUCUCUGCCAAGCAUAGGUAGGGCUGUUCUAGCUCCUAUUGGUGCCAAUAACAAAACCACUACUGGGAUGGCAUGCUUGGCAGUCUCUUUUCUAGAGAGUCUCAGGACUGCAGUGUAACAUAUGCGGAUGAUGCAAAGCUGGGAGGUAUUGCCAAUUUAGAGAAGGACAGGGAUAUCCUACAGGAGGAUCUGGAUGACCUUGUAAACUGGAGUAAUAGUAAUAGGAUGAAAUUUAACAGUGAGAAGUGUAAGGUCAUGCAUUUAGGGAUUAAUAACAAGAAUUUUAGUUAUAAGCUGGGGACGCAUCAAUUAGAAGUAACGGAGGAGGAGAAGGACCUUGGAGUAUUGGUUGACCACAGGAUGACUAUGAGCCGCCAAUGUGAUAUGGCCGGGAAAAAAGCUAAUGCGGUCUUGGUAUGCAUCAGGCGAGGUAUUUCCAGUAGGGAUAAGGAGGUUUUAGUCCCGUUAUACGAGGCACUGGUGAUACCUCAUCUGGAAUACUGUGUGCAGUUCUGGUCUCCCAUGUUUAAGAAGGAUGAAUUCAAACUGGAACAGGUACAGAGAAGGGCUACUAGGUUGAUCCGAGGAAUGGAAAACCUGUCUUAUGAAGGGAGACUCAAAGAGCUUGGCUUUUUUAGCCUAACCAAAAGAAGGUUGAGGGGAGAUAUGGUUGCUCUCUAUAAAUAUAUCAGACGGAUAAAUACCGGAGAGGGAGAGGAAUUAUUUAAGCUCAGUACCAAUGUGGACACAAGAACAAAUGGAUAUAAACUGGCCAUCGGGAAGUUUAGACUUGAAAUUAGACGAAGGUUUCUAACCAUCAGAGGAGUGAAGUUCUGGAAUAGCCUUCUAAGGGGAGCAGUGGGGGCAAAAGACCUAUCUGGCUUCAAGAUUAAACUCGAUAAGUUUAUGGAGGAGAUGGUAUGAUGGGAUAACAUGAUUUUGGCAAUUAAUUGAUCUUUAAAUAUUCCUGGUAAAUAGGCCCAAUGGCCUGUGAUGGGAUGUUCAGUGGGGUGGGAUCUGAGUUACUACAGAGAAUUCUUUCCUGGGUAUCUGGCUGGUGAAUCUUGCCCAUAUGCUCAGGGUUCAUCUGAUCGCCAUAUUUGGGGUCGGGAAGGAAUUUUCCUCCAGGGCAGAUUGGCCCUGGGGGUUUUUCGCCUUCCUUUGUAGCAUGGGGCAAGGGUCACUUGCUGGAGGAUUCUCUGCACCUUGAAGUCUUUAAACCAUGAUUUGAGGACUUCAAUAGCUCAGACAUAGAUGAGAGGUUUUUCGCAGGAGUGGGUGGGUGAGAUUCUGUGGCCUGCAUUGUGCAGGAGGUCAGACUGGAUGAUCAUAAUGGUCCCUUCUGACCUUAAUAUCUAUGAAUCUAUAUGUUGCUGGCCUAUGUGUUGGCAGAGCUGAGGUGGGGGAAGUUUGCACAGCAACUGCCCAACUGUCCCCUGAAGCCAGUGAACUAGUUCCUCACGUUCACGUAAACUAAACAUUCAGCCAUGUAUUUUAAAGAUAUUUUUAACAAUGGUAUUAAUUGCAAUAAUUUACUAACAGCACUGCAACAAAAAUGUACACACUAUUAAACCUCUCAUGAAUGAAAGAUGUUCUUAGCCUUGGCCAUAAGAGAUCAUGCAGAAAAAAUCAGUUAAACAAUAUAUAAUGGGGGGAACUUGAUAGCUCAGUACUAGGAUGCAGAGCAUUCACCUCUACAGUAGGUCACUGGUUCACCUUCAAUCCAAAUCAUUAUCAUCACUAGGUCAUUGCAGUGGUUCAGUGGUCUUUGCAAAGUGAUCUUAGUUUGUUUCCUACGGGACAAGAGUUUACAUUGCAAAGACCACUACACCAAGUGAUGUGAAGUAGCACCCUUGUUAGCAGUCCCAGCAGAAAAGCCAAGGGUUCCAGUGGGCACAGAUGCUGAACUAGCCUCUGGCUCUAAGAGUUUGUUCUACGUGGACACUGUGAGACAGAGGGCAGGGAAAACUUGAAUUUGAUGAGUGGACAAAGAUAGGAUGGUAGUUCCAGACAAACGUGUUUGUUUAUUGUUUUGUGGAUGGAAGGGAGAGAGGAAAGUGCAAGAGAACAGAGUUGAUACUUGACAGAGGCCUAAUCAGUACCCUCAUAUUCUCGCUGUAGAGCUCAGAACUUUCUAGCGAGCAAUACAUAAUACCCUUGUCCAGUCAUAAUGGUGCAUCUUAACCUUGUCAUCUAUCCUGCUGCUCAUAGAAAUGUAUUGCUGAGAAGCAAAACAAACAAAAAUAAAUGCUUAGCAGGUACAUAAGCAUAUCCUGGGAUGAAUCAAUUACAAUAUGGUAGCCACCACAGUGGCUUACAGGAAGAAGGGCUGGAGAGAGUGACUGUAAAACAACCUCUUCCUUCUUGUGGCUGGAACCUUUAAAGAGGAGGUCAGUAUUCACUGUUACUGGAUAUGAUCCAUUAGGGUGUGAUUUAACAAAGCAUGUGCUUAAAUCACACUCACUAACUCACCAUGGCCCAAUUCAGAAAGAGUUUUAUGCGGCCUUCUCUUGAAGCAUUUGCAAGAGUAUACAUAACUCAUUGUUAAGUAAUCCUGUAAUGAAAGAUGGAAGCAAAAUGCAUAAGCUCCAGCGAGCAGAGAGAUGGUUGCCCGGCAAUCCUUAAAAUGGAGUUUUCUGGCUUUUGUACACUUAAAUCUCAAAGUUAACAUUGUAUUAGUAUAAUGGCUUGCAUUGAAUUGUAUAUACGCCUUGGAAAAAAAUUUCCCUAGCAAUACCACCUUAUGAUUAUUCUUGAAGCAAUAAAUUAAUCCAGGGAAGUGUUAAUUCUUGUAAUAUCUUCUGGGUCAUUAUUGGGAAAUAGAUACAUACUGUAUAUCAGCAAUAAAGCAAAGAGGUGCGUGGUAAGGGGAUAAUCUCUCCAGUAUACAAAGCAGUAAAUGUGUUGAGACUGAUUAAACCCAAUCCCUUCUCUUGGACUGUUAAUCCAUCUCAUCAUAUAUAUAUUGUCAAUAUACUACAAAGUCAUUAUUCAUCCUUCCCUAAUGAGGUCUGGACAUGGUGCGCCUCAACAGCUGGUUUUUCUGGGACCUAUUGCAUGUGGGACAUGGGUAUGAAUAAAUAACUGAGCAAAGAAUGUUUUUAAAAAGUGAGAUAUUGUUUGAGGGAGUGGUAAGUGCAGAAACGAAGUGAAGCAAUCGGAUACAUGGAUACAGUUUUUGAUUUUUCCAAGGUUUCUGAUUGGUUGAAAUUCUCCUGUAAUUUUAUGAUGAUCAAGGGGUGUGGUUGUGCCAGAUUAUUUGUAUUCAUUAUGUGGAACAAAUUUUUUAGACACACCUAAGCGAUGUAGGCUCCAAAGCCCAAUUUUCAAAAGAGAUUUAAGCACUUAAGACCCUAAAUUUCAUUGAUUUUCCAUGAGACUUAGGCUCUUAAAUGUAUAAAUCACUUUUGAAAAUGUGACUUAGAUGCUUUUGAAAAUUUUAUUCCUAGUGACAUAUGCAGCCAAAAGCUAAGUGUCUGUUUUGUUUUUAUUUUGUUUUAUGUGGGUUUUGUUGUUUUGUUGCUUUUUCAGCACUACAUUUCAAGGAUGUAAUGUGGUGUCAGCAUACAGGGUUGGGAGUCAGGAGACCUGAGUUCUGUUCUGUGCAGGUACUCACACCUUAUUCAAGGUUGUGUUCCCAGCUCUGCUGCUGAUUUGAUUUCUAAACAUUUUUAAUCUCUCUGCACCUAAUUCUUCUGAUCUGUAAAAUGGGGAUAAGACUUUUUACCCACUUUUUAUAAUGUGUUGUGAGGUCCUCAGAUGGCAAGUGCUGCACAAGUGUCUGACUGUUUAUAGAAUCAUAGAAGUGUAGGACUGGAAGGGACCUCAAUAGGACUGGAAGGGACCUUGCGUUGCUUUUGCCUUGAGUGCAGGGACUCAAGGCAAUAACAAGGCAAGGUAAUAGCUAGACCAUUGCUGACAAGUGUUUGUCUAACCUGUUCUUAAAAACCUCCAAUGACAGAGAUUCCACAACUUGCAUUGGCAAUUUAUUCCAGUGCUUCAUUCCCCUCACAUUUAGGAAGCUUUUCUUAAUGUCCAACCUAAAUCCCCCUUGCUGCAAUUUAAGCCCAUUGCUUCUUGUCCAGUCCUCCGAGGAUAGCAAGAACAAUUUUUCUCACUCCUCCUUGUAACAGCCAUUUAUGUACUUGAAAACUUAUCAAGUCCCCCAUCAGUCUUCCAUAGACUAAACAAACCCAGUUUUUUCAAUCUUUCCUCAUAGGUCGUGUUUUCUAGACCUUUAAUCAUGUUUGUUGCUCUUCUCUGGACUGUCUCUAAUUUGUCCACAUCUUUCCUGAAAUGUGGCACCAGAACGGGACACAAUACUCCAGUUGAGGCCUGAUCAGUGCAGAGUAGAGCAGAAGAAUUAUUUCUUCUGUCUUGCUUACAACACUCCUGCGAAUACAUCCCAGAAUGAUGUUCGCUUUUUUUGCAACAGUGUUACACUGUUAACUCCUAUUUAGCUUGUGAUCCAUUGUGACCCCCAGAUUCCGUUCCAUAGUACUCUUUCCUAGGCAGUCAUUUCCCAUUUUGUAUGUAUGCAACUGAUUGUUCCUUCCUAAAUGGAGUACUUUGCAUUUGUCCUUAUUGAAUUUCAUCCUAUUUACUUCAGACCAUUUCUCCAGUUUGUCCAGAGUGUUUUGUAUUUUAAUCCUGUCCUCCAACGCACUUGAAACCCCUCCCAGUUUGGUAUCAUCUGCAGCCUUUAUAAGUAUGCUCGCCAUGCCAUUAUCUAAAUUAUGUUUCAAGAUAUUGAACAGAACUGGACCCAGGACCAAUCGCUGUGGGAUCCCACUUGAUAUGCCCUUCUAGCUUGAUUGUGAACCAUUGAUACUACUCUCUCAGAAUGGCUUUCCAACCAGUUAUGCACCCACCUCAGAGUAGCUCCAGCAAGGUUGCAUUUCCCUAGUUUGUUUAUGACAAUGUCAUGCGAGACCGUAUCAAAAACCUUACUAAAGUCAAGAAAUACCACAUCUACCGCUUCCUCCCAUCAACAAGGCUUGUUACCCUGUCAAAGAAAGCUAUUAGUUUGGUUUGACACUAUUUGUUCUUGAGAAAUCUAUGCUGACUGUUACUUAUUUACUUAUUAUCUUCUAGGUAUUUGCAAACUGCUUGAUUAUUUGCUCCAUUAUCUUUCCAGGUACUGAAGCUAAACUGGCUGGUCUGUAAUCCCCCAGAUUGUCCUCAUUCCCCUUUGUAUAAAUUGGCACUAUAUUUGCUCUCUUCCACUCCUCUAGAAUCUCUCCUGUCUUCCAUGAGUUUUCAAAGAUAAUUGCUAAUGGCUCAGAUAUCUCCUCAGUCAGCUCCUUGAGUGUUCUAGGAUGUAUUUCACCAGACCCCGUGACGUGAAAACAUCUAAUUUGUCUAAGUAAUUUUAACUUGUUCUUUCCCUAUUUUAGCCUCAGAUCCUACCUCAUUUUUACUGGCUUUCACUCUGAUAGACGUCCAAUCACAACUAACCCUUUUGGUGAAAAUUGAAACAAAAUAUUCAUCUAGAACUUCUGCCAUUUCCACAUUUUCUGUUAUUUCUUUCCCCCCUCAUUGAGUAACAGGCCUACCCUGUCCUUGGUCUUCCUCUUGCUUCUAAUGUAUUUGUAGACUGAUUUCUUGUUACUAUUUAUGUCUCUAGCUAGUUUAAUCUCAUUUGUGCCUUCCUAAUUUUGUCUCACACUUGUGUUGUUUGUUUAUAUUCAUCUUUUGUAAUAUGACCUAGUUUCCACUUUUUGUAGGACUCAUUUUUGCAUUUCAGAUCGUUCAAGAUCUCCUGGUUAAGCCAGGGUGGUCUUUUGCCAUACUUCUUAUCUUUCCUACACAGUGGGAUAGUUUGUUCUUGUGCCCUUAAUAAUGUCUCUCUGAAAAACUGCCAAGUCUUUCUAACAUUUUCGCCCUGAAACUUGCUUCCCAUGGGAACUUAAUUACCAACAACCUGAGUUUGCUAAAGUCUGCCUUCUUAAAAUUCAUUGUCUUGAUCGUGGUGUUUUCCCUCCUUCCAUUCCUUAGAAUCAUGCACUCUAUCAUUUCUUGAUCACUUUCACCCAAGCUGCCUUCCACUUGUGAUUAUGUACAAAUCUCACUUUUAAAAAAUGUCAGUCAAGUUUCUAGCCUGCAUAUUUUUAGAGAAAAGUUUGAAAAAAGUGAAACCUUAAAGGCUCAAAGGGCAAAGAAAAAGAACAAUCAAAUUUUUAUUUUAGUACCUUGAUUUUAUUAUUUUGAUUUUGGGGGGUGCUUGUCUUAAUUUUUGAAUGUUUGGGGUUGGCCAGACUGUAGUUAGUGAAUGUGAAACUUCUGGAUAGAUAUGACACAAACUAUAGAAAUGAGGCAGCUUGAAGAGUUUGUAGCAUAUAGUUGCAUUGUGGUGAUGGAUGCUUUGGAAAUAUACGAUAGAAAUGUAGUAAAUAAACACCUGUUAUUAAUAAGAAGUGGAAUUUCUACUGCUAUGCAAGAGACUUUUAUUGGAAGAUGAUGUCUAAACUGAAAGUUCAUUUGUAGGAGUCUGUAUGUAACUCAGCCCACAGUGCAGAGAAAUGAUGUCAGCUUGUGUCUGUUGCACAGCUAAGCACUUUAUACUGUUACUUCAGAGACAAUCCUGUGGGUGGGAUUUUAAAAGGGCCUACAUGAUUUAGGAUGACAAGUUCCACUGGUUUCAUUUAGGCCUUGUCCAGACUAAGGUUUAAAGGUGUAAUGUUGGAAUGCAUUCGCUGACAUGUUCUUACUACAUAUUUGAAAUGUCUAGUGUUGACAAGGCACUCUGAAGGAAACCCUGGCCUCAUUGAAGUCAAUGGGAGUCUUCAGUUAAUUCCAAAGGGGCCAGGAUUUCACCCACUGCCUUUGACAUGUGUCAGAGUAACAGCCGUGUUAGUCUGUAUUCGCAAAAAGAAAAGGAGUACUUGUGGCACCUUAGAGACUAAUUAAUAAUGUCUCUCUGAAAAACAAAUAAAUUGGUUAGUCUCUAAGGGGCCACAAGUACUCCUUUUCUUUUUGACAUGUGCUAAAUUAAUAUGUGGCCAAACUAAAUUAGGGUGGAGCCUAGGCUUUAAUUCAACCAGUUUAGCAUGUGUUAAAGUACAUACUGCCUUAUCUAUACUAAACUUCAUGUCUGUUAAUUAGAACAUUAAUUAACAUGUUCUAACAUCACACCUUUUAUCUUAGUCUAGACAAGGUCAUAGAUGCUUUUGAAAAUCCCCUGCAUUCCCAGUACACCUUGUCUAUGCUUCCAGUUUAUAUUUGCCAGCUAACUAAUUAGCAUUUUGUUAAAUUGCACACUUCUGGUGUCUUUGUUGUCAGACUACUGCCAUGUAGCUUUGAGCCCUCCACUAUACCAUUUGACAUCUGGGAACUUCAGUAUUUCUUACCUGACAAUGACGAAAAAUUAUCUGGCCAAAACAAAUAAUUAUUGAGAGCAAGAGUCCACUCUUUAAUCUAUGACACCUAGGGUCUUUUGCCAAAUGAGGAAAUUCUGUGCUAAGCUUUGAAUGUUGGCCUAAUGGGAAUGAUCGUUUUCUAUAAAUUAAGUGAUAUAUUGGUUGCAUGCCUCUCCUUUCUUCCUUUUAAAAUUGCCAAUUCCAUUCCUAAGCCAUCUAUGCAGAGUUCCACUGAAAAAAUGAUGGUUACAGAGGCCAUGGGAAUGAUUUAUUUUGGCAGAAGGAUGGAGGAAAUGGUAUGUAGUCAUUCACACUGCAAAUUAUCAUUUCCUCAAGAGACAUGAAAUUUAGAAAUACUAUCAUGCCUAAAAGCUGAGAAACCUUGCAGAUUUUCUUUGUACAGUAAAUGGUUCCUGUAAUUACUAGGAAAAAAACAAAGUUCUAAGAUAGUGGCACCCCAUCUGACAUGAACUGCUGUGAUAAUGAAACCCAAACGGUGCUGAAUCGCCUGGCUAUUAUUCUCACUCACUUUAAAGGUCAGCUAAGAAGCUAAUUUCCCAAGUGGUGUGCGUAGCUUUGAGACAAGGCAACACCAGUCUUCUUUCCAACAAAUGUACUCUUUAGAGGGACUGGAUUAGUAACUCACAGGGAUAAAAAUAGAUCAUCUAUGGAUUUGGCAGAGAAGCCUAAAUUCAGUAACAGAGAAGGUAAAUCAAAAUGUCAGAACAUCUGGAGAAAGAGCAACAAAGAAUCCUCAAUCCAAAGAAACACACUCCAGAGAUUAAAAUAAAAUAAACAUGAACUACCAAGUGGAGUACUGACAAGAUUUAGACUUGAUUCUAAUUUUUAUUCCUUACAUACCAACUUCAGGUUGCUUUGAUCAGUUGAAUCACUUUUGCCAUAAUGGCAGACUUGAGUGCCUUAAUUUGGGCUUGAUCCUGUGGGGGACCCAGAGGCUGUACUACUGAAUUCAGAGAUAUUGAGCUCCCAAAAACUUCAGAUGGAAGUGCUGGUGCUCAGCACUUCUGCUAAUCAGGACAGUUGUUGUUUGGAUGGCAGAAUAUGGAUCCUGAGGCUUAACAUAACCCAGUUAAAAAUUAUGAUUUAAAUCACCAAGUGGAAAACCUAGAUUUAAAUCAUCAGUUUUAAUCACCUUUUCCAUUUGUACUUCAGCUAUUUCUAAAGAAAGAUGCAUUCUCAUUGGCUGAUAUAACCAUUAAAACAUGUUGAUUUACAACUAAAUACAGACUUUACACUAGAUUUGGUACAUCUUUUUGAUACGUAGGAGGGCACACUAUAACUAGAGGUUUCAGAGUAACAGCCGUGUUAGUCUGUAUUCGUAAAAAGAAAAGGAGUACUUGUGGCACCUUAGAGACUAACCAGUUUAUUUGAGCAUGAGCUUUCGUGAGCUACAGCUCACUUCAUUCCACGAUAUGCUAUGCAUCCGAUGAAGUGAGCUGUAGCUCACGAAAGCUCAUGCUCAAAUAAACUGGUUAGUCUCUAAGGUGCCACAAGUACUCCUUUUCUUUUUACUAUAACUAGAGUAAUUUUCCGUGGGGGAUGGAGUCAUUCUUACAUAAUUUGAGAACUGAGCUAGUCAGAGCUUAGGGAGGGAGAAGCUAUAAACUAGGAGAAUGAGACCACUGAGGUGGGCUCAGUGGAUGAUCCUGAUAAGAUACAUGAUGGUAUCUCCUGGAGUCAGAGGCCAGGUCCCAAUGCCUGUGAUGACUUUGCCAGUCUUUUGCAACCAGUAGCACAGCCGCUGGGUCCUCAAAAAAUCAAGCCCUUAAUACAGUACAUUGUGCCAUAUUUAUAAAACUUGAUCUCAAAAGUUAGGUGUUUUCCCCCUGAUUCUUCCUUUACAUAGCAAAGCAGCUUUUAAAGGCAAAGUUUUUGAUAGAGCCUCACAGCUUCAGCCUAUUUAUUUUUUUAUUUAAAUGUUUUAAGAGCUUAUAAUAAGUUUAGGCCUUAACAUAUUCUGUAUUAAAUUCAGAUUUCAUUUUAAAGAGGUUUAUUUUUAAAAAGAAAAUCAUUACAAUUUAAAUUUAAAAAAAUCAAUUUUUUUUCAACAAAAUCAACAAUUUUUAUGCACCUUGCAUAACCCCUACAAGUCUGAAAUGUUUAUGGCCAAAGUGAUUCAACUGACAUAAACAAAAGCCAAAAACUGAUAUGAAAUGAGUGAAUUAAAAACAAACAUACCACUUUAAAGCAAGUCAAAAGUUUGAAAAUGGAAUCCUUUGCUUUUAACAUUCACAUCAAACAUUCAUAUUUUAUAUAUAUGAGCAUUCGCCUAUUUUACACUAAGAUUUUGCCAUUUUUGUGAAGUAGGUUUACUUUUUGUUUGGCUUUUUUGGCAUUUGCAUCCAUGACUUUCUCUUAAGUUCAUAUGUAUAUUCUGUAUGUGUAACCUAUUCUUCAGUGUGUUGUGUGCCCCUCUUCUAUGCGUGAUCCAUUAAUGUGGCUAUUAAUCUGCUGCAGCUAAGGGAACUGAGCCUUUUAGCUCAGGCAGGAGAGACUCAUACUAUAAGCUCUAGAGGAAGUGGGUUCAGUUCCUGGCAAAGAUAACAAUGGCACUUCCACAUGUACACGCACAUACCCAAAAUCAAGUAAAUUCCCCUUCACUAUUUCUGAAUGUAAAAGUGAAAGGAAUUAGUCUUUGUAUGUUUCAGAUAGAAUUGUCCCUGUUUUCUGUAGAAAUUCCCUCUACUGUGUAUUAUCCACAAACUUCAUCUUUUUCUUCAACUCUGACAUUUCAAAUCCAAACAUUGAAAUGUAUAUUCUGUUAAUAAUCUUUAAAUUAGGUCAUUAAAUCACUAUGAAACAUAUUUGUAAAGAAUCUGUGUUGAGUGUGGUUAGUGUAACCCUGCAGGUGGUGCUCUGUCCCAUGUAGUGGCACCAAGACCACUUAGAGAUGAAUGAGUCUGCUACAGUCUUAGCUAAGGGCCAUGUGGCUUUCAGAUCAUGCAGUAGAGGCACAUGGACUAAGCUUCAGAGGUCCCAGGUUCAAUUCUGCCUGCUGAUGACCGGAGUCUGUUGGCGUUACAAGUGGGGGCUUGUCCAGGAUAUCAACUGGGAUGUCUCUGAAGCUCUGGAUGUGCUUCCUCAGCUAACGGAAGUAUCUAACCCCCACACCUCUUGAAUGUGGUGCCCCGUCCCAUGCAGUGGCGUAGCCAGGUGGAGAAAAUGGGGAGCAGAGAUAAAAACCAAAAAAAAAAGGCAGCACCCGCUAGUACUCACCCGGCGGCGCUCCAGGUCUUGGGCGGCGGGUCAAGGACCCCGCCACCGCAAUGCUGCCAAAGACUGGAGUGAGUGAAGGACCCAACGCCAAAGUGCCGCUGAAGAACCGGAGUGCCGCCUGACCCGCCACCCAAGACCCAGUGCACCGCCGGGUGAGUAAAAAUUUAAAAGGCGCCAAAGAAUUAAAAAGGCACCACUUCUGCUCGGUGGGGGAGCGGCCACUGCGCUGCUCCCCCCCUAGCUACGCUACUGGUCCCAUGUAAUGGCACUGAGAUCACUUAGAGAUUAAUGAGUCUGCUCUACAGCCUUAGCUAACAGCCAGGUGGCUUUUAACUCAUACAGUAGAGGCUCAUGCACUAAGCUCCAGAGGUCCUAGGUUCAAUUCUGCCCGCCGAUGACUGGGGUUUGUCAGUGUUACGUUAGCACCUCCGAUAGAAUAGUGUAUUAUCAACAGAAAGGGCCCGAGUAGUGUAUGAAUUUUUGGUCAUUGUGUGCUAUUAGAAACCUAACCACAACAGAGAGUAGAAGACUGCAUCGGGUGUGGGACUUAACUAGUAUUAAUAUAACAUGACUGGCACUUAACUAUAUAACAGUAUUACUAUUAAGCUUGUACAAUUAAAAGAACAAAAUCCCAGGAAAUGCAAAGGUUAAGACUCCAUCACCAUUAACCUGGCUGCAUUCUACAUUCUAGGUUUCAUGGUAUUUGUUUUAUAACAUAAAUGGCAUACUUUGCUGCACCGCUAACAGGAUAGCUAGGAAUAUGAAACACGAGAUGUGUGCAAUUCAGCAGAGUGAAGAUUGCUGUUGGACCCUACCUCUUGCAGCUCUUGGUUGUGAUCUUAACACUGCAGCCUUAACUCUGAUUCAACAGAGCUAAUUUUCAAAAAGAAAAGGAGGACUUGUGGCACCUUAGAGACUAACCAAUUUAUUUGAGCAUAAGCUUUCGUGAGCUACAGCUCACUUCAUCGGAUGCAUCAGAGCUAAUUUUGGUUUUAAUACCUGCCCUAGGAAAGUGUUAGCACAUAGUUGUGCUGCCUCAGGAUCAAACGGUGGACCAAACUGUGAUACAAUAGGGUGUCUGGCCCAUAUCUUGCUCCAGUGGAGGGAGAAGUAAGCUGUGCCAGUCUGGUACCCAGUGCAGAUUAAGCUGGUCACCAUGUUAGGCCAUGCAGAUUCAAGGUUCUGCCCAUGCCCCACUGACCUGCAUGGGAAGGGCAGCAUCGUCCCUGCAGAAGCUGCUCUCCUCACACCUUGAAACUCCACAUACAGGUUGUCCAGCCAGGGAAGUAAGGUCCUGCCUCUACUGGAGUUAUGAGCACAAGAGCUUGUAGAUUGGGUCCUUAAUCACUGCCAUAUUAGGGCGCAUUUAAAAUGCUUCUUUAAAACAUUAUAGAGUUAAUAGAAGGUAAUGUUUAAAGAAAUACUGUAAUGUAUUGGCACUGUUUUCUUUUAAUAUAAUGGUCUCCAGUGCUGUGACUUACUUUACAUAUAGUUACUUUUUGCUAAGGUACAAAGUUCCAUAUUGUGUUGAUGAGACUCUGUAGGGGCUGAUUCUCCACUCUGUUAUCCCAGUGCUACACUGCUAUACCUUCAUUGUACACCCACGUGAAACUGCUGGGAGUAGGGAAUCGGGUCCAGGUUGUGCAGUUACCUUUGAUUGAAGAGAGGGAUCUGUGUUCCACAAACAGAUCAUUUUGUGGUUUGUUUUUCUUUUCAUGGAGUGGGGCUUUUGAAUUAUGAAUUAUGAGAAGUUUUUGUAAAAUGAACCAGAACUAAUGGUGUGGACUUCAGGGACAGAGCUGCAGCAAGGCAUAGCGUGUUCGCUUCCCAAACAUUUUUAACAAUUAAUUGUAUUUCAUGUGCAAAAUUUUGCUUAGCAAAAAAUAUUUUUGCCAGUUGUCUACUUCCAUUGUCCCAACCUCCCUGCCAAUGGAAAACCAUGCAAGGCAAAGCCCCAAACUGCUGACGCUGAGCUGAGGAAUAUCCUAUCUCUCCCUUCCUUUCUCUUAUAGGGCCUGAUUCAACUUGGUUGAAGUCAUUGACUUCCACGAGGACUGGUUCAGGCCAGUGUGGCCCAGUGCUGAUGAUGUUAGUCUGGUCCCGUUGAUUUCGGUGGAAUUUUUUUUUUGUGUAGAGACUGAGGACUAAAUCCUUCUCCAGUAUGCUCACAUGCAGCUUCAAUAGAAGCCCUCCAUGUGUAUCCAAAGAUAGUAUUUGGGUAUGAGUGAAAACUUUUGAUUAUAGAGGGGUCUUUCUAUGUUCCCUCCUCCUCAUUUCUAGGCUGUGGAAUAUUCUAUGAAAUCUUCCCAGCCUGUGGUCUGUCCAGAGCAGAGUGAUGGCUACAAUGUCAGUUGUGUGAAUUGUCAUGAGAGGGUCAUUGGGCCGGAAAAGCAGUGUUUAUAUUUUGAAAGCUGGUGGGGGGAGGAAAUUGUACUGCACUACAAAAUAUGAAGGUGAAAUGCCGGAGAUGUGUGUGCAUUCAAGUGGAAAUUGACUGGUUUCACUCUGGUGUGAUCAUUUUUUUUUCAUAGCUGCAUAACAUAAUUUUAAUGUGCUCCAUACAAUUUUGAUUUAGUUAAAUGUUUUCAGUAAAGAUUUAUGCACUGUUUGUACAAGCAGUUAGAGAGCUGUGAAACAAAAAAGUGGAAUCUUGCAGUAGUGCCAGGAGAAAACUUGUAUGGACAUCAAAUUGAGUCUCUCUCAACAAUUUUAAAGUUGUCUAUCAGUAUUGGUUUUUAGAACACUGUUGACUUUGCAGUCUGAUACACUGCUCUCUUCAUAUAGCAUUAGCUUUCUGGGUUAGGAGAAAAUAAUUGGCCAGAAUAAUUCCCAUUUCGCAAGUGAAUGAGUGUCUGUAGCCAUUUCCGGUAGCUUAAUAGUAAAAACAUCAUUCUAGUGUCAUGUAAACGAGCAAACUCCCUCUAGUGGUAUAUGCAUGUGGCAGGUCAAUCUCUUAAUGUGUUGGUUUUACCAUUAUGAACUCUCAUGUGGACAGAAAAGCUUCCUGAUGAAUUUAUUAGGCCAGGCUUUUCUGUGGUAUAACCCCAUUUAAACCAAUGGAGUUACAUGGGAAAAAAUUGCCUAAUUUCCCCAACAAUUUAACAAAGCAAUCCACCUGCCAAAAAAGUCUACAAAGUAUUCCACAUCCCAUUUCAUAAAAAUAGUUUGUUUACUGGAAUUCACUUAAAAGUCUGUGCUUUCUGGAAGUGACAGUAGUUCUGUCUGAUUAAAAAUGAGAACUUAUGACUGCUUCCUUACUAAGUGAAUUUGUCUCUAACCAAAGAGUUGAAUUAGCUACCUGAAAAUUAAUAGAAUUUGGUUCUGUGAUGAUGUCUUUAACUGGUAGUAGUUAAACUACAUAAUAAAUAUACCAGCGAAAUCUGCUUUGUAGUAUGAAUGAAACUGAGCAAGAAUUACUCAAGGUCGCAGCACCAGUAAAAUAUAAUAACAGAAUUCAGUGUUAAUCCCCGUAUGGGGACAUGAAUCUAUGUAAUACAUUUAUGUGCCAUAUGUAUAGGCCAUGGGAAAAUUGUGUGUGCAGUGAACUACACAUGGUCUUAAAGCUUUAACAUCUGUACUGCUCUUCAUAAUAGUAGAAUGUAUAUUUUGAUAGCUGUGACCUUUGAGCUACUAAAAAAAAAUUGCUCUGAAGUUUAUUCUUCUUGUUUCAUUUCCAUUCUCUGAGCCUUUGUGCACACGGGUCUCCUUACAGGAUGUUUUUUUGCAGGUGUUAGGGGGAAGGGAUGGGCAGAUGCUAUCUGCAAGUGUUGUAGCUAAAGAGAGCAGUGAAUGUCCAUCCUGGAGAGCCUAAAUCUUUUAAUGAUAAACAGCAUUGUUUAAACGUGUUAGAGAAAACGAGGCAGAUAGGAUGAACAGGUUUCAGAGUAGCAGCCGUGUUAGUCUGUAUUCACAAAAAGAAAAGGAGGACUUGUGGCACCUUGGAGACUAACCAAUUUAUUUGAGCAUAGUCCCUUUUAAACAGCCUCCUGCUGUUCAGCCCCUGCCAAUUUUAUUAUUGUCCUUCCUUCCAUUUCUUUUCAAGCAGGUUAUGUUCAACUUGUGAUCUGACUUCUGUAAGGUGUGAGUAGUUUGGGGGCAAAAAUGGUUCCUCUUAUUUUACAUGAUUCCUUUUCCCAAAGUCACUUCAUGCCUCAAACAAGGAGAGCAAACUGUACAAACUCAGUGUGGGUGAGUUGUUAAUAGAAAAUGCCAGGAUUAAAAAAAAAAUGCCCAAGAUUAUCUUUUAAUAACUCACCCACUAUGUGUUGUGACUAUACAUCUUGCUUUCACAGUGCAAGCUGCUGUAAUGCUGUUUGUUAGUUUGUCCUGAAGACUUUUCAUUGUUUGUUGACAUAUUAGAUGCCUAAGGUGUACACUAUAAGGAAAGCAAUAUACAAUAUACUAGAUAUGUUCUACUUUUAGGCUAGUACUCAUAUAAAUGUUUCUACAUGAAAUGCAGGCUUUAAUGUUCUUCACUGGACAAAGCAGAGACGCUUUGCCUUGUUGAAAUAAUAAUGUAACAACACUUUAAUUCAACAAACGCUUGUUCCUCCCACUUGUUUAAUUCACGAUAGGCUCUAUCGUCUUUAUGACCACCCCACAAAUGCAUUUUGAAAGGAAAGGGAAAAUGAAUGAGCUACUUUAUUGCAUGACCUUGACACAGUACCUGAUUCAUAAAAGAAAAAUAAAUCCAACAUCUCAUUUAUGGGUUAUUAAUGAUGGGCCAAUCUGCAAAAGGCUCAGAGGUUCGGUUUGGAAAAGCAUUCAAGGGGUUGGGUGCUUAUUCGGGCUCUCUGAAAUUCUUGAUUCAUUACUGUAAGCUAUUUCAUGAAGCUUCAUGUAUGUUUUCCUUCUUUGUGCACUAGGAGAGCAACCUUUAUUGAAGUGUUUUAUCACUCCUGUUUCCAAUCUCACCGGAAGUUCAAUAUAAACGGAGAAAUAA